AUGGAAAACAAUAGAUUUUAUCUAUAUCAAUCAUGUUAAAAAGAAUUAGAGUAGUAAUUAAAGGAAUCAUUUUUAGAAAUAAAACUCUUAAAAUAAGAGAAUAAAUAUCUGUAAAUAUUCAUAUAAACAAAACAAGUUCAUCUAAUUUUGAAGUAUUCAAAUUAAAAUAAGAAGAAACAAGAAAAUUGUAAUAAUUAAUAGUUGAAUUGGAAUAAAGAGUAUUGAUUUUGGAAGAGGAAAAUGCCAAGUAAGAAGCUGAGAUAGGAUAUUUGUAAAUUUCGAAAAUAUUUAUUUUAGAAGAGGAAUUUCUUAGAGCAGAGAUAUAUAAGUGAAUUAGAAGGCUAGUUAUUUAUAAUUAGAGCAAGAGCUAUAAGAUUUAUAGGUGUACUUGAAAAAGUUUAUUUAGUUACAUGAUUGGUAUUUUACUAAUAUGUUAUAAAGUUUGAUUGAAAAAGUACCAAACUUAAAUUUGUAACUUUGUUGGAAAGAAAUUAAUCAAGUAUUAAGAAAUCAAUUUAAUACUAAUUAAUAAAUAUAAAAUUUAUAAGAUGAGUUAAAACUAAUAGAGAUAACAUAUAAAGAACUUGUUCAUUCUAAAGAUAAUAAUUUAUCAUCAUUAUAAGAAAUGGCUAAAUGUAUAUAUAAGUUAAAUAAAUUAAAGAGUAAAGUAUAAGGGAAUCAAGAGUAGAAAUAGAGAGAAUAAGAAAAGAAGUUCAAUAAAAAUAAAUGGAUUUGAAAUAGUUUGAAACCAAAUUAAGUGAGUUACAAAAUGAAUUUACAUAUAUAAGUAAAAUAGAAAUAAGAAAAAAUAAUGUGUAAAUGGAAGCAGAAAAAUAGUUAAUUGAAUUUCGAAAAGGAAUAUCAACAACAAAAAAUUAAAGUUAUAAUGUAUCUUAAAUGAGGGAUAUGUUUAAAGAAAGAGAAACAAAUUUAGAAAUGAUACCAGAAAGAUUAAGAGAUUAGUCGGAGGUAAUUGCAAUUCCUUCUUCAAUAAUGAGAAUGCAAAGACCAUAAAUAGAAAUAAAUGAUAGAUAUGAUGAUUAUUAAGAAGUAAAAACUCCAAUAGAGAAAACGAUUGAUUAAACUAGAAAGAUAUUAAGUAGAUAAUUAAGUUAAGCAAGUAUUCUUCGUGAUUAAAAAUAUAUUUGA